UAUGGAUGCACUAACCUGCUGAUGAGUGUCAGUACCAUAAACUGCCUGAGGCCAAUAUCUCUUUCUCAUAAUUUCAGAUUCUCCAUGAUCACUCUGGUAGCUUUCAUGUUUUCCUCUGAAAUUAUGCAAAACCAAAGGGUUGUAACUGAGUUCAUCCUCUUGGGUCUUUCACAGAAUCCAAAUGUUCAGAAAAUAAUAUUUACUCUAUUUUUGCUUGGCUACCUUGCAACUGUUGGGGGCAAUUUACUAGUUCUUGUGACCAUCACCUACACCCCAGCACUCAUGGGCUCCCCCAUGUACUUUUUUCUCGCUUUCUUGUCCUUCCUGGAUGCUUGUUUCUCCUCUUCCAUUGCCCCAAAGAUGAUUGUGGACUCCAUCUCUGAGAGGAAAGCCAUUUCCUUUGAGGGCUGCAUGACCCAACUCUUUGCUGAACACUUCUUUGCUGGAGUGGAGAUGAUUCUUCUUACCACCAUGGCUUAUGACCGCUAUGUGGCUAUUUGCAAGCUCUUGCAGUACCACUCUAUCAUGAACUGGAGGCUUUGUGGUGUUCUGAUGGGGGUAUCCUGGACAGGUGGCUUCUUUCAUUCUGUGAUACAAAUUCUCUUUACUUUCCACCUGCCCUUCUGUGGCCCCAAUGUCAUCGAUCAUUUCAUGUGUGAUUUAUACCCAUUAUUGGGGCUUGCCUGCACUGACACUCAUAUCUUUAGCCUUUUUGUGGUUGCCAAUAGUGGGUUCAUCUGCAUCAUAAAUUUCUCCUUGUUGCUUAUCUCCUAUUGUGUCAUCUUGUACUCACUGAGAUCUCAUAGCUCUGAGGGUCUUCACAAAGCUCUCUCCACCUGUGGAUCUCACAUUGCUGUUGUGGUUUUGUUAUUUGUUCCAUGUAUAUUUGAAUAUGCAAGACCUUUCUCUGCUUUCUCCUUUGACAAGAUGGUUACCAUUUUGUACACCAUCCUAACUCCCCUGCUCAAUCCUUUCAGGAAUAAGGAAGUGAAAAAUGUCAUGAGGAAGUUGUGGACCAGAUUGAUGAUGUUUUCUCAUGAAAAAUAAAACAGUAAAAUAAAGAAAAAUAUCUUCAAUAGGAAAGAAAUCAAAAUGAGCUUAGAAGAGAAUGUUCUAGGGGAAGGGCUUUGUAAGACAGAAGUAACAUAA